AUGAGGGCACUAGUAUCAGAUUACAUACCCCUGGCCUCUUGCAAGUUCGCAAAGCGUGCUAGAAUUGCUUCACAUGAUAACUGCGUAGUGGGAGCAGAUUUCGAGACUUUGAAGGUGUGGAUCUUCGAAAAUGAACUGCCAUAUCUAAGCUUGAAACAUGAAAUCAAUUGCGGCGAGCCGAUUCUUCAAUUGGCUAUUCUACAUGGAGAUGAAUGCGAUCUAGUUGUGUGUCUUUUGGAAGAUUCAGUGACUGUAGUUGAAAUUCACGAAGGGUCAAGUCAUUCCAUCACAACCAUCCCUAUCGACUACGUUCUGGGCCACCAGAAACGUAUUGAAUCUGAUCCAUAUAUGGAAAUUUAUAAACACGAUGAUAUUGAUUAUCUACUUAUCUAUCGCUUUUCUGGUUUCGUAACUCUCGUGAACCUAUCUCUGAAGCUAGAAACGGCACCUAUAGUCUUACGCGGCAAACGAAAAGCUCCUAGCAGAAAAGAAAGAACAUUCUGCAUGGGAGAAAUUACUGUUGUUCUGAUGGCUAUGCUUCAGACACAGACGCCAGUCUUAGCUGUGUUGUACAGAGACGUCGAUUUCUAUUAUUCAUUGCGGUACUACGACGUCUCAAUGUCAGCCAUUAUUUUGGAAAUUUCCAGACAGAUGGAAAUCUUUAAGGGUGCUCCUACACAUGUAUAUGCUGCUCUGGGUGGUGUUGUUGUAAUGAGUGAUUCGAAAGUCUGGUAUUUUCCACCUCCACACUUAUCUGCUUCCGUUGAGAAUGAAGCUGGCGAUUCAAUCCAUCCAGUUUCAAUCAAUUAUAAAGAGAACGUUGUAACUUUGAAUUAUUCUGCUCUAUCAGCCCGAUUCUUGGGAUCGAAAAUCACUUGCUCCACCUCAAUUGACAAGUAUCGUCAAUUGGUCGUGACUGACAAAGGCGACUCCAUCUUAUUAUACUUGCAAACCAGGCGUUCUUUCUCUACAAUUGAAGUUGGGGCGUUUAAAGUGGUACCAUUGCUGAGAUGUACCAUCGCUUCUACGAUAACACAUAUAGAUGAAAAUGUGUUUUUCGCAUCCUCUGCAGUGUCUCGUUCAAUAUUGUUUCGUAUUAUUCCAAGGGCUCCCUUCAUUGAUAUUUUACAAACGUUGACGAACAACUCUCCAAUCUUGAGUGUUGAUGCAUUUUCCGCCGGAUAUUCUACGAGCACUGUGGUAGCUCGAGGAGGCUUUAACUCGGGAGAAAUUCAUGUAUUACCGAGCCCUUGCAUUACAGCGUCCCACUGUGAGUCAGUUCAGGUUCGUUCAGAUAUUGAUAGUCUUGAGCUAGAGGAGGGCGACACGGUUACCGUUGUUAAAAUGUUUGCAGGCAAAACUCACACUCAGAAUCAGCACUUUCCUACGCAUGCUCAUUUACAUGUAGAUGCGAGUCAAGAAUUUGCUUCUGAAAAAGUGAAGGCUGAUCGUUGGGAGAUAAAUGAGCAAGAAAGUCUUACCUUGGUGGAUCGGACUCCGGUCACCUUGCAAUAUAAAGGAACAAGCACCCAUUCCAUUGAAUUGCCGGGAUUCGAUCAGAUAUCAGAUCUUCUAUGGCAGUCAGGUGACAUGUUAGACAUUUUUGCUUGUCUGUGGAAUGGUAAGAUGGUUCAAAUUAGAAUCAGCAGCACAGCUGCUGAGAUUGUGCAUCUGUUAGAUCUUCCCUAUGAUGGCAAAACCCACCUUGGCAAAGUUGAUACAGAAAAGGAUUCAUACAUAAUUAUGGCCUUGAAUAGCAACGGUGCUUUAUUUCAAGCCAUCUACACUAGUUCUGAGUUCACUGGUUCAACCUGUCGCAAGACUAAAACUGCCGACGGAUCAUUCAGAUUGUCAGUCAACAGAGAAAUAGGCUAUAGUUCCAUCCUUGUUUUUGAUCGCUGUAACAUCUUCCAAUUGGUGAAGCCUGAACUGUGUGCUUUUUUGGAGCCUCGUCAAAUUCUAUCUACCAAAGAGCCAAUCCUUGAUUGCAAGUACAAUUCGAAACAGCGCAAUCUUUUUGUUCUCUUUUCCAACGGAGUAUUGAGUCAUUUCCACAUUGAUCUCAAACAGCAUCCAGUCUCCUACUUCUCAGACAAACUCGUUAAGUCCGUGAUACGUGUCACUAAGAGGUACUUCGUUUGUCUCGAAAUUGAUCAUAAAGCCAAUGAAGCAACUGGAAGUAUAGAUCUCAGAUCUCAACUCAAGGUUUUAGAUGCCGCUACGCUUUCCGUUCUUGAUGUUUAUGAGGCAAAAGACACAGAAAAUUUUAUUGAUGUAUUCCGCUUACCGAAUCCAGAUUCAGAGGACGAUAUUUUACGAAUAGUUGCAAUUAAUUCGGGCUCGUCAACAGACCAGUUGCUACUGGUUUUCCGAAUUGAAGAGGGGAGAUUUCUGGCUCCGCAUUAUUAUCCAAUGAAUGGAUUUUUCCCUGUAUCAACCUCAAUCUUGAGUGCAACUCGGUUCAAAGACCGUUUCGUAUUAGUUGGUACCUCGACUAUCGACCUAAGAUUGAUAAAAACUGCUGACUCUUUUGCAUGGGAAGGUGCCUCAAUGAAUGAUUUCGAGGGUUUGUUCAUAGGCGUUGAUGCCGGCAUCAAUAGCGAAAUAACAGUACUUGCAGAUGCUAAUAGAGGCAUUCAUCUCGUCAAGAUAGCAGAAAAGACUCACGGGCUUCUUCAACUACAAUAUCCGCCAGCAUUAUUAUCAAGCUUGAAAGUUUUCAAAAAAAAGAAUAUUAUAGUUUAUGGAGACUCAAUAGGUAACGUUGGUGCAAUUCGAAUUGCUCAAGGAGAAUCUGCUGCGUCCCUGCCAUUUGACCAUUGCAAAAGCGUCGAGCAACUUUUCGCAGCAAACAUCGAUGAACCGGUCAAUACUAUCACGGUUAUCUGUGAACUGCCCAUCAGUCUUUUAGUUGGUACUUCUAGCGGCCGAAUUUUGAAGUUUCAACAAGUUUCCGGGACUUUUCGAAACAAAUCACAUCGACUGUCAGACCUGAGGUUAAGGCCAUGGGUAGCGCUGUGUGCGGAUGAUCCACAAGGUAAUCAAGCACCAUUUAAUUGUUAUGAUGCAAAAUUUCUCGAUACCCAGGAAUCAAGCUUCAAAUUCAAGAGAACAUUCUCUGAAUUUCAUCGUCAAUUCUAA